ACUUUGUACAGGAUGUUUUAUUUUAAUUUUAUUAGAUCGGCUAUAAACACUCGUUCCUCUUCAGCUUCACUUUAUUCUUUUUAUUCUAAACUUGAAUUUACAGCUUUACCUCAAAGCUCUGACACUGGAGACUCCUUACACACGUUACACAAACAUCUCCUUAUUUAAAGAAAACCGAAAUGUUAGAAAAUCUGGUGAAUGAGCUGUUGCUAUAGAAAUGACAUGGAUGCAAACUUGCGUUACGGUCAGAGAGAACGAAUCAACACCUUCUGACCAAUCAGAGUCUCAGACCUCAUCAGCACUGUGGCAUAAAAAUGAAAUAAAGCACAAUCAUAUUUCUAAAAUAAAUAAUAAAUCAGAUCAAUAACAUUUCUGGUGUCAUGUAAUAUUUUAAUGUUCAGUCUCUGGAGAUUGCGUGUCAUGUCGUGUUGUGUUUGUGAAGGAGCAGGUUUCAGGUGUUCAUCAUGAGGUCAUGGAGUCGUGUGGCUUUUAAAUCCUGUCACACAAAAAGAGCAAAAACCUCAAAAUUCAAUUACAGGGUUUUUACUCAUCAUCUAUUUCUGUGGCUCGGAUUAAAGUGCUCCGGUUUAGAGAUGUGAACAAAAGCUCAGGACAUGUUUACCUCAAGUGUUUCACAAGCAAACAAACACCUGGAUUUGAGAGCAGGAAGUCAUUAAGGUAUAAUUUCUCAGGACCGAUAUAAAGCUGGGGUCCGAGCCGAGGAGAGAACAGACACGCUCUGAGAUUGUGAAGAUCGUCUCUGGUGAGGUAUUUUUACAGUCUUUCUCAGUCUACAGCCAUGAAGCUCUUUGUUUUUGUCGCCUUCCUGGCCUCAGCUGCCUGCGUGAUUUCAGCCAAGAAACUGCUGGUGGUUGGAGGUCUGAAUGGAGGUGUCGUUGGUCUGAACCCCGGUCUUGUCGGAGUGAACCCCGGUGUCGUUGGUCUCAAUGGAGGACUGUUGAACCCUGGGCUAGUGGUUGGAGGCAUGAAUCCGGCUCUGCUUGGAGGAGGUGGACCUUUCCUCGCUCAGCCAGCUGUUGCUCCAUAUUUUUUUCCUCAGAUGUUUCCUGGAAUCCCUCCCUACAUGCUCCAGCCUCCGUUCGGAAUUCCCAACGCUCCGGCUCAGUUCCCUCAGCAGUUCCCCUUCCAGCCGAACGGGGGAAUGCCCUUCUUGCCACCUGUCAAUCGUCAGGUUUUACCUCCUCAACAGCAGGCAGCGGGGCAGAUGAACCCGGGGGCAAAUGGACAGCAGCCUCAGGGUGACAUGCCGGCUGGAACAGUGCCACGAUUCAGGCGUGCUCUCUCUCAGCGCUGGAGAAUUCAGAACGAUCAGCUCGCUCAGGUGACGUCGAGCCCGACUCCGACCGAGCAGCCUGAUGAGUGAAGCCUGCUGAGGUUCGACUCGGAGCAGCUUCUAAUUGAACUUUUUUAGAAAUGAUCAUUAGAUAACAAAAUGUAGAAAUUGUAGAAAUAUUUUACUGAUUGUUAGAAUCAGAUUAGACGAAAAUAGAAAAGAAUAAAAUGCAAUUUGUUUUGGUUUUGACUUCAUUUGAUGAUCACUAAUAAAAAAUAUUCAUGCAUGUAAAAACA